AAGAGCAUGAUGCAGAUUCAUCUGUGACAGCUCAGAGGACUAUUUUAGGACACCAGAGGACAUGACUAACCAGUAUCGUGUAUUACAGAAGAGAGAAACUAAGUGGAAGGCAUAUGGAUUUGAUUCUUCGGUGUUACAAAUCGCAGACCCAUGGGCAGGUAGGAACUUAUGGUUCCAGCAGUUAACUCAUUCUGUAAGAUCGGUUAGGAAGCUGAAUUGUCCAUGUGUGGUGAAAGUUCCAACACCAGGCACAUGGCCUUCAAUUUUAGAGACGGUACCAGAACCAUUAAGUGCUAAAUGUCAAUCAUAUGCAUUAUCGUGGCUGUUAUAUCAGCAGCAAGCAGCAGAAGAUAAGGUGAUGGCUCUGUCAGUGCAUCUGUUUAGACCUAAACAUAAUUGUUCUUGGUUGGGAGAGUUACCAUAUGUGAAUUUACUUGAUCAGCAUGAAAAUAUGAUAACAGCGGUCCCUGAUCCGUUAGAAGUGAAAUUUGUGGGGGCUAAAGACUGUUUUUGUUCAGAUGGUACUCAUAAGGGGCCUGGAAAGUUUAUGGGAAUAUCAGACUGUAACAACUAUAUUAUGGACUUGGGUGAGCGUAAAUAUGAGGCUAUGAAUGACUUGUAUAAAGUGACUUUUCAGGUACCACAUCGCAAACUGAGUAGAAUUUUGAUGGUGCGGAACCAAAAGUUGCCGGGAAAUGUAACUAUAGGGAAUUUUAAGGAUAUUUGGUGGGUUUGUGGUGAUAAGGCAUAUAUAUUUCUACCGUAUGGGUGGAUAGGAUGCUGUUAUAUGGCAAUGUUGAAGCUGCCAUAUGAGGUUUUUACUGUCCAGAAGAGAAAAGUUUCUGAUGAGGUUCAAUCUGAGGCUAUUUCUGGAAGUAGGAAGAAAAGGGAACUAGCACAGUUUCAUAAUCUGGAGUCCUAUCAUUGGAGGAUAAGCCUAGGAGAGAAGUGGGGUAUAGGAUUAUUUCCAUGGUAUGGGGUGACAUUUUUGGCAGAUCACAUUGAUAAUAUUACCUACACCCUACAGGGUUUUGCAAAUGAGACUAUAAGAGGUUUUGAAUACUUGUCAAAUACUCAAAAGAGUCACAGACUGACAUUGCUGAAACAUGACAUGGCUCUUGAUUAUCUUUUGGCCAAACAAGGGGGCCUAUGUGUGGCUCUGAACUUAACUGGUGAUGCUUGUUAUACUUUGAUUCCUGAUAGUUCUGACAAUAUGACUAGUGUCAUAGAUGCAUUGAAGCAUAUAAGGGAUGCGUUUGGCCCAUCGGAAGGAGCUGGAUGGUCGGCGAAUGCUUGGUUGCAGGAAAAAUUAGGACCAUUGGGAGCAGUGUUGGUUCAGAUUAUGGUAGCAGUUCUUAUAUCAUUGAGUGUGAUGUUCUGUUGCUGUACAUUGGUGUUAACUUUUGCGAAGGCAAUGAUAUUGAGAUGGGUUGGAGUUCUGAUGCCUGGAGAUCAGAUUCAGAUGCCAUUAUUACAUAGGACUGACACAGACGAUGACGAAGAAGUGGUGAUAGAAGGUGAACUGAUGGAGAAAUAUCCAUUUUGAAUAUCUAUUCUUAUUGUAA